CGUCAUUCGUUAUGUUCGCCGUGAAACGUCGUCGGCGUUCUUCCAUUCAGUUUAUUUUGAGUCGUCGAAGUAAAAUAUUUGUUGAAAAGGUUUAUUUUGAAUGAAAAGUAAAAGAUAAAUAAGAAAGUAUAUAAGAAAAGCAAGCAACGUAGAGCAAUUUAACAGCAAAAUGCUGGAGUCACCUAAAUUCAUUCAUAAUGACAACUAUCAAGGCAGCCGCGCCUUUACCUGGCUGGCAGAUAUGUGCGGAUUAUCUGUGGAUUUGAUUAACUUUUUAAUAUGUCAAAUUGGCGCACUCUUCCUAGCCUCAUUGUUCCGCUCCAUCCUGCAUCCUUCCAGGGUAUCUGCCCAUGUGCGCCACAUAUUCGCACUGACGGUUGGCUUGGCAUUUGGCUAUUUCUGCUUUGGCCCUCAAGCCGUACAUAUUGCCGGACUUCCAGCCGUUUGUUAUAUUGUCAUACGUACGCAGAGCCCGCGGGUGGUACAACGAAAUGUUAUGCUUGUCGCCAUGACUUACCUACUGUGCAUCCACCUGAUUAGGCAAAUCUACGACUAUGGCUCCUACUCGCUGGACAUCACCGGCCCACUAAUGAUAAUCACACAAAAAGUAACAAGUUUAGCAUUUAGCAUACACGAUGGCUUUGUGCGCCAGCAUAAGGACCUUACAAAAGCACAACAAUACCAUGCCAUUUAUAAGCUUCCAUCGGCGCUCGAGUAUUUCUCGUACGUUUUGAACUUCCAAGGCCUAUUGGCCGGCCCAAUGGUAUUCUACAAAGACUACAUUGACUUUGUCGAAGGCUAUAAUCUACUCAAGCGACCAUCGACCAAUGGCAAUUUAGAUAAUGGCAAAUCAGAGCUGGUGCUGGAACCGUCGCCCACCAAGGCGGUCAUCAAGAAAGUCAUCGGCAGCAUGGUGUGUGCUUUCAUAUUUAUGAAAUUCGUCAAAAUGUAUCCCAUUAAGAAUAUGAAAGAGGACGGCUUUGUGGAGAGCACCUCGAUGGCGUAUAAGUUUUGGUAUGCCAUGAUGGCGACAUCGUGCAUACGCUUCAAGUAUUACCACGCGUGGCUGCUGGCCGAUGCCAUAUGCAACAAUUCGGGUCUGGGUUUCACCGGCUACGACAAGGAUGGCAACUCGAAAUGGGAUUUAAUAUCAAACAUUAGCGUGCUUGGCUUUGAGUUUUCCGCAAAUAUGCGCGAUGCGAUAAAUAAUUGGAAUUGCGGUACGAAUCGCUGGUUGCGCACCAUCGUCUAUGAGCGUGUGCCGAAAAAGUAUGGCACGGCAUUGACGUUCGCACUGAGCGCCGUCUGGCACGGUUUCUAUCCCGGUUACUAUGUGACAUUUGCCACCGGUGCGAUGAUGGUCACCGCCGCGCGCCUGGCUCGUCGCAUGUUCCGCCAUCGCUUCCAGCGCACCCAGUUCACGCGUAUGUUCUAUGAUAUACUGACAUGUCUGACGACACGCCUAGUGAUGUGUUAUACAACAUUCCCAUUUGUUCUGCUUGAAUUCAUGGGCAGCAUUAGAUUGUACCUGAAACUUUAUUUGUGCCUUCAUAUAGCCGCACUUAUUACCAUUUUUAUUUUACCGAAAUUCAUACGCGGAGAACAACGCGCAUCCCACCCACAAAAACAGCAACAACCAAGUGAUGAAAAACUCAAGUCCAACAAUUCCAGCACCGCCUCAUUGCCGGCGUGCGACGAAGCUGUACAGGGCGUUAUUAGCGAUAUCACAGCAAAAAUACCUCAAGGCAAUAGAAAUGAUCUCAGCGAAGACGAUGACGACGACGACGAUGGGGACCUCAACAACGCGCCAGCGAGCAAAACAAACAAAAACUUACCACAGCCACCGUCGCUGUUGCCGACCGUAGCGUGCGCACGCGAAGCUGUGAGUGUGAAGCACGAAGAGUGCGAAAUGGAUCAGUUGGGCAAUAAAAUUAAGGAGAAAAUCGGCACAGAGACGAAGAAUAUUGAAGAAUUCAUUGAUAAGACUGUAGCAGAGACGGUGAGUGGCAUCGUUGAAUUUAAAAAGGAUUUGAUGCGCAAUCGUGACUUCCCCACACUACCGCACAUAGCACAAGAUGGCCUACGCAAGCGUGCUGCCGCUGGUGCCGCCAGUGCAGCAGCGCCGAGUGGCGGUAGUGGCAACGAAACUAUUGACAAACUAGUGAAUGGCGUCGAAGAGAGUGGCGCGUUUCUGAAAAAAGAAAUCGAAGUGAUUAACGCUGUGGUGCAGCAGGCGAACGUCUUGCCGGCGGUGCUGAGCAAUGGACAUGCAAAAUAGUAAUAAAUGCCACAAGCAUUUAAAGGCAUGCCGAACUGGGUUGGGUUGUGGUGGCGUCGACUGGGAUGAGUGAGUAGGAUGAGAAGAAGGAUGAAAAUUUUACAAAAAAAUAAAAACAAAAGGGGGGGGACUACAACGCAAGUCCAUGAAAGUAAUGGAUGGAGCUCAGAUUUGAAGCUUAGCUUAUUUGGAAAGCAGAAGGGGAGAAGACACAAAGAAAUAGAAAAAAAAAUAAACUAAAAAAAUUUACGUGAAAAACAUCAAAAGCAGCAGAGGAAAUAAACAGCCACACAAAAGCACGAACACACGAAGACGCACCUUCCCACGCGCACACACACACGCACAUACGCAUAUUGACACACAGAACAAAUGUACAUAUUUAUACAAGGCAGAGAGACAACAACAACAACACAUACAUACAUAUAUGUGCAUAUUGUAUAUUUGUAUGUAAAGAACAACUGAUAGCGAAAAUUAUUAAAAUAUUUACUGGUUUACAAAAAAUUUCACUGGCUUAAAUGCGAUUUUUUGCUCUUACUCAACAACAACAUUUGAAAAUUGAAAAUUGCCAUUACAUUUGCUUGUAUGUAAAUCUGUUAUGUUUUGCCUGAAUAGGCAGGUACAACCAUGUUUUCUGUGCUUUGAGCAAAGCCUGUCGUUAAAAUACAUUUUUAUAUAUUACAAAAAACUUUUUUACUUAUUUGUUUCUUUCUGUCGCUUGAGUUCCUACACAAAUUCUUGUAAAAAUCUACAUGUAAACGCUAACUUUCACAAAACAAAAAAAAAAUUGUUUCAAAUAAAACUAAAGACAACAAAACAUAGCUCGAACUCAUAUCUCGUAUUGAAUUGGAAAUUUUUAGCUAUCACUCAGUAAAAACAACAUUUUUACAUUUAAUAUUCAUCAAAAAAAAAAAAAAAACAAAAACAGAACCAAAAAAAAAACAAGAGUGGUAUAGCUUUUUACCUAUAGCUAUCUAUGUAUAAUAUCAUUAUUUUUGGGCUUUUGUCGGGAUAAUUAAAUUUGUAUGUGUGUUUUUUUUUUAAUUGUUUGUUAUGUAUGAAAGAGAUUUAAAGGCCUUGAGCCUAAUGACUGGACGUUCUGCACGUUUUUUGUUCCUAAAAAUAUAAAACUUUUAAAAUGACUAAAAAUAUGGAAUUUGUAAUUAAUUUGAAAUUAAUUUCUAUAAUAAGUAGGGGUCACACACAGAAGCAAUUGACAUCAGGCGAAAGUUGCGUGGAUUACAAUCGAAUUGUGCGCUCAUCGUCAAUUGUUCGGAUACCAAUUUAAACCUUCGUUGGGCAAACGGGUCUGGGUUUUUCGACUUUGGAUGUGAGCUUAACAUAUUUAUAUUAUAGCUAACGACUUGAGCUUCUACAGCCAUGAACAGAUAAAUAGCACAAAUGCUAACCUUAUAUGUUAAGUUAAGUUUUUAGUUCGAACUCUGCUUUGAUCAAAUAAAUUUGUUUGCUUGCAUUUAUUCGAGGAAUUUACUGUUUUUUUUUCGAAGAAAUUUUUUGCAUUCUAUUUUAUUUAUGCUUAUUGCUGUUUGGAAGUGGACAAAAAAAUAGCACAUUGUAACUUGUGCAGCGGAGAGUAAAACUUUAAUAUUGUUUCAGCGAUUUUUAGUAUAAUUUUUUGUUUCUUAAAUAAAAUUUUAAAGUAUUUACUAAAAAUGGGACGUGGAAAACAUUGCAACCGUAUGAAUCAAAACGGAAAAAGCUAUGCAGAAAUAGCUGAAAUGAUGACGUGCUCUCGGAAAAUGGUUUACAUAUAUCUAAGCGAAAAAAACGGAAAGAAAACCAAAGCCGCGCAAAACUGAUGUUAAUGUGGAUGGAGCUGUAAUACGCAAGAGCAAAGCAGAUCCUUUUAAGUCGGCACGGCAAAUAAUGCUUGAAAUAAACCAAGAAUCUGGUAUACAGGUGUCCAGAAAGUUUGUAGGAAGGUGACUUAACGAGCCCAGCUGUUUGGCUGCAUAAACAAAAAAAAAAAAAAAAUCAUUCCUCAAAAAGACAUAUCAAACACCGACUUGCCUUUGCAACAGCCUGCAAAGACAAAUCCAUUUAGUUUUGGAAAAACGUACUUUGGACCGACGAAACCAAAAUAAAUAGGAUGGGACCAGAUGGGAGAACUAUUGUACGUCGUCAAAAAAAUCAAGCGCUAAAUCCUAGGUUCCCAAAAAAGACGAUUAAACACGGCGGCGGCGGCGGAAGCAUCAUGGUUUGGGGAGCUUUUUCCUGGCAUGGGGUUGGGCCGAUCGUUCGCGUAGUUGGCAAAAUGGAUAGAUUUCAGAAUAUGAAUAUACUCCAGAAUAAAAUGGAGCCAUUUGUGUUUGAGUUUAUGCCAUUAAAUUGGACAUUUAUGCAGGACAAUAAUCCAAAGCAUACUGCAAAGACAGUGAACUAAUGGCUCAGAA